CCUCUUUGCCCUUCAACAGUCUUCAGGUUUCAAGACUAGCAUCUGUAUAUUUCCAGGCUUGAUUGUCAGUUCCUUUCCGGUGACCACGUGCCGUUCCCCUGCAGGAUGGAGAUCUCCUCCCAUCAAUCUUACCUCCUGGAGCAACUGAACGAGCAGCGCCGGCAGGACGUGUUCUGUGACUGCAGCAUUCUGGUGGAAGGGAAGGUCUUCAAAGCGCACCGCAACGUCUUGUUUGCUAGCAGCGGCUACUUUAAAAUGCUGCUUUCUCAGAGCUCAAAGGAGACAAGUCAGCCGGCCACGGCCACAUUUCAGGCCUUCUCCCCGGACACCUUCACCGUGAUCCUGGACUUUGUCUACUCCGGCAAACUCUCUCUUACUGGACAGAAUGUGAUAGAGGUGAUGUCCGCCGCCAGCUUCCUUCAGAUGACUGAUGUCAUUAGCGUGUGUAAGACUUUCAUUAAGUCUUCCCUGGACAUUAGUGAGAAGGAGAAGGAUCGCUACUUCAGCCUCUCCGACAAGGACACCAGCUCUAAUGGUGUAGAACACCCCCCUUUUUAUAGUAGCGGCUGGCGGGAGGAGAGCGCGUCUCCCCGCUCUCGCCUGAGCCCAGACCAAGGACCGAGUGUAGCAAGUGGGAAGUUGUGGCACAAGUACAGUUAUCCUGCGGCUGCCCCAAGGAAUGCCCAACAACCACUGGCCAGUGAGCAAAGGAAGGACGCCAUUAAAAAGACCAAGCAUUUGAGACUGGCGCAGCCUUCUCAGGCGGUGCAGCUCAAGUCCGGCCGAGGGGAGGCGCGGCCGUCCGAUUCCUCCGACCACGCUGCCCCGUCUGAAGAGCGAGCUCAGUUAGACACCGAAGAGGACUCUGCUCCGGCUGGCUACCAGUACGGCCAAGCCUCCGACGUCACAUCCAGGAGCUUUCUAGAUGAUCUGCCCAGGCUGCGAUUCAGGUGCCCAUACUGCACACAUGUUGUGAAGCGGAAAGCAGACCUCAAACGCCACCUGCGCUGCCAUACGGGAGAAAGGCCCUACCCGUGCCAAGCUUGUGGCAAACGGUUCAGCAGGCUGGACCAUCUGAGUAGCCAUUUCCGAACAAUCCACCAGGCAUGCAAACUAAUCUGCCGGAAAUGCAAAUGCCACGUGACUGACCUCACCGGACAAGUGGUACAGGAAGGAACCAGGCGCUACAGGCUGUGUAACGAGUGCCUUGCUGAGGUGGGCACUGACAGCCUCCCUGUCCAUCUGGAAGCUGAGCAGCGGUCCAUGUCCCCCACAGAUGGGGACAAGGGUUCCCGAUGGCAUCUGAGUGAGGAAGAAAGUAGAUCCUAUGUGGAGAUUGUGGAGGAUGGGUCUGCCGAUCUGGUCAUAAAACAAGUUGAAGAUAGCGAGGAAGAGGAAGAAAAGGAGUUCAAACCCAACGUUAGGUAGCUCAUCCGAGCUGGUGUGCCUGCCGUUUACACGGACAUCCUGUGUCUCUCUAUGGGCAGAGCCCGGUUGAUGGAUUUCUCCUGCUGGCUUAGAAGUGACCUGAUGUAACUUGCAUGCUUUCUGAAUAGGCCACUGUAUCCAUUCGGAACUGUGUUGCCCUGAAAUAUGUUGCUGCGUUGGGAAGACCUUGCUUGUAUUGGCAUGAUGGA